AUGGCCGAAGUGACUCUUAAAGAUGCACUGGAGAAUAUACGACUCAGUGCUGCCACCAAACGCAGGGCUGGCCUCAAUGAUUUGCAGCAUAUUCUUCGUCACAAUCGGAACAGAAUUCAAGUGAAACUGAAAGACGAUGACUUCCAGCCGAUCUUCGAAGCUCUUUUCGGAGUCGCCAAUGAUGGACAGCCGCCCUUUAUCAAUGCACGAACUACAAGCACUCGAGCCACUGCUGCAAACCGUCUAUCUGAUGUUGCAGGAGGAUUACGGCAGACAGUCGAGGCGGGCGUUCGUGUCUUGAAGUCAAAGACCGUGAAAUGGGUGCUUGAUCAUAUCAUCAGUAGCAUGUUCAUGUCAAAUGAAGACCUUUGCGAACCUCUUGCACUGGACUAUGCAAAGACAAUGCGGCUCAUUCUCGACUUCCAACCGCAUGUGGAGCAGCUACAAGUCUUUGAGUGGGAAGAGAUCGCAUCUUUUUGCAGUAAAUUCCUGGAAAAGGCUCUUGAGGAAGCCGCGGAAGAGAACGGCGCCAUUCAUGAGCACACGGCGUCUUCCGGUGGUGUGAGAAAUGGGGUCAGUCACCGCUCCUCGCGCUCAACCUUCCGCGAAUCCGCAGGAUCUCAAGGGCAACGGUCAAUCAUAAGGCCUGUCGCUGAAGAGAUGGUCGCAUGCCUUCGUCUACUGACCGCAGCACCUAAUGCGCCCAAGGGGGAAACAGCGACCACCCGCAUAUGGAUCAUUAUUGAUUGUCUAAAGACAUCUGCGAUCUCUCCGAGCGCGCAUAGCAACGCUUUUGGGGCGAUCAACAACAUCCUGUACUGGAUGAGAACAGAGGGCACUCGCGCCACACAGAAAGCAACUAGUCAGCUUCUUCGCCUGGUCCGGCAUUCUUGGUCUUCCAAGUCAGCGGCUACUGGUCAGAUGCUGAUAACAGUGCUGCUUCUACGGCCAUAUAUUUCGCAUGCUAUGAGAGAUGCUGGAGCCGUCGCGAUGCAUCCCGAGCUCUGCGGCCUACUGCACACUCUGGAGCACGAGUAUGCUAGCAGACUCGAACGGGAACGUAACGAGCUCAAGCUCGAAGAUCUCAGACUGGAAGUUAAUCGAGGAUCCUUGGGUAAGGGGCAACUAGCAACGGUACUCUUCACGCUCCGGUGCACCGGUCGGACAGGCGAAAUGAACUGGUUAUUGGUCAACAUUCUCGCUUUUCUCAAAAGUGUCCUGAUCAGUGCCGAACAGCAGAAGCCCGAAUCUGACGACGAGCCUGAUGCCACUACCAAGGAUAUCAAUCGCCGACCCAGGAAGCGUCUGCGGCUCUCCAAUCAAUUGUCCGCACUUCUCGAUGCCACAACGCGAGGUACAGCACGAGAACGCAUCUGCGCACUUCAGACCGUGACUUUUCUGGCUCAGCUUCAGCCACUCUCCAACCAGCAACUACUCGGGAUUGCAGACAGUCUUACGCUCAGCUGCAGUGACGACAAUGUCAACAUCUGCUCUUGGGCUUUCCUCGCCGUUGCAAGCUGUGCCGCACAGAGGGCAGCGUCAGACGCUAAGCUGACGGAGUUGUGGACCACUUUAUGGCAGCUGGGCGUACGGUCGCUUGGUAAUAGCUCAACAUGUCGCGCAGCCGCGUACGCACUGUCUAUAAUGCUCGCCGCGCGUCUGACUGUGCAAACCCAAAGCUCUGAGCUUGUUCAUAUGGUCACGCAUACUAUGGAUCUUGGCGGACCAAGCCAAUUGUCGGAGUCUGUGGCAUUACUGCUUUCCAUCACCAUGCGAAUGUCGCAGCAGCUCAAUCCGGCAAUGGCCACGGCGACAGCAGAGAGCAUUGUCGGAUGGCUUGCCAAGAAUUUCAAGCCCAGUGACAUCGAAGACAAGCACAACACAUUCAGCUCUACUAUGUACGAGGCUUCCGACAUCAUUUCGCUAACAGCUGCUUGCCUGGGUCGGUCUAUACACACGCUCAACGCUCACGGGUUGCCAGUGUGGGAGGCGCCUGCUCGAGCGUGGCUAUUCUGUGAGGACGAGGCGGCCGCGGUAUCGUACUUACUACUCAAUCCGCCCGUUCAAUCUAUCCUUAGUGAUGUUUUGGCCUCGUAUCCACUUGACGCUCUUACGUCUGGCCAGCAAUCAAGGACAUCCACGGAAGCUUUGGUUCUCAGCUCCUUUACUUCUGAGCUGACCCGGUGCAAGGUUGCGUGGCAGGACCGCACACGUGCGCCCAGUAGUGAUGCCUUUGCUAUGCUCUGCAAAGCGUACAUGGUCACUACGUGUAUCGCCAUGUGCAUAUCUUUCAAAGAUAUCACACGGCAGACACAGCUUCAGGAGCUCAGCCUAGAAAUGCUGAAGACAAUGAGCACAUUCGUCGCUUCAACUCGCUGCGAUGCGGACAACCUGGAAACUUUUAUCGGUAUUUCAUCUGCUGUAUGCUCUGGUAUCACAGCGCACACUGGCGCAGAGUUGGACGUCCGCUCACCAUGCCAGCUAGCGAUGUGUCAAACUGUCAACGAAGGCUUGACAAAACGACUUGAGGGCGACCAAGAUGAUUUUGAUGACGAUGCAAUGGACUUCGAUGGCACUUCCGAAUCACAACACAGCCGAGGCAGUGCAUUGUCUGCAAAUGUCGUCGAUAUACUGACUGAUCAGGAUGCAAGUUACAGUAAAACUGCUCUGAGACAAAAUGUGCAUCUAUACGCAGUCGCUGUCUUGGCUCUGGAAGCCUACCAAGGUCAUGAUGGCGGCACGGAGCUGCCGUCGACUAGAGUCGUGGAAUUUGUCCUAUCCUUAAGCGACAACGACCUUCUCUCCUGCCGAGAUAUGAUCACUAAAUUACCCAUGGUUGGUCUGGUUUUCUCCGCGGACGACACCGAUCGCCUGCUUGGGUAUUUCAUGGAAGAAAUGCUGCGUAAGUAUCCAUACAAGAUGUCCGAGGUCGCGCUAGGUUUCGUGCUUGAUGUGAUGGUCGGCCUGGUCGAUAUAUGGACUGAUGACACUCUGGAUGCAUUGUACAAUCUGGGCCUAGACACGUACGAGUGGUUCGCCAAACGCGCUCUGUCGGACGACUUUUUCUCUCCAAAUGUACAGCAGCGACUUGCGGGCUUGCUCCUGCAAUUGUGCCAACUGAAGCCAGAUUAUGGCCGGACCACCGAUGCUGGCACUCCAAGGACUUGCUGCUUCAAACUGUUGAGAAAGCUGCCGAUUUCGGUGCAACAUCAGCUCGCUGAUCGUAUACCUAUCAUGUUUGGCAAACUGGUCUUGUCUGAACACGACAAGAUGUUUCUGGACCUGGAAGCAAAUUUGCCAUCCGACCCCGAGUGGCCGGAAGGCAUGGCCAUUCGCUUGCUGCAUCUGUCGAAGCUUGCUGCAUCUUGGCGUUCGCUUCUGCGUCGAUGCACGUGGCUGAUGUUUGAUGCCGCCGGACGUGCCAAGGACUGUGAAGCUUAUGCCCGGCAGUGCAUCGAAGAAUUGGCUACCUCACUACGACUCGAGAGCCCACGACAGCUCUUCUCACUCUUUGCCUCGCAGCUGCUAUUCACAUGGAUGGAGUACAAGAAUAGCAUUGCCAAGCUGCCGUGGGAAGCGUUUCACUUUACCUCGUUAUACGAGCUUCUCAGACUCCACCGGGCUGAGAUCACGGCACAGCUAGUCCUGAAACAGGACGAUGUUGGCCUUGAACUUGUGCAAAAGGCUGUAAAGAAGAUGCCUCGGGACGUUAUUAAGGAUGCCUACGCAAAAUGUGUCGCAUACUGUAUGAGCCAAGACGUGAUAACUCGUGGACUUCAGAAUGAUAGAAAUGCGUUCGAAAACCGCCUGCGAGACGCUAUUGGAGGUAGCGAAGAGCACAAGAAACUGAUCAAGCAACACCUGCCAACGAUAGCCGGUUAUAUGUUCCUCGCGACGGAGCAAGAUGCGAGACUGGAUGAUUGGCUGGUCAAACACCCAGGCUAUGAUGGGACAUUGGCAGCUCUCCAGGUUAUGAUGAGGUAUACGAGGAAAGAAGAUGAGCUUCCGCCUGCGCUUCAACCUUCUUACAAAGGCACCUACCUGAUCGAUCAGCUGGCAAGAUUAGGGAGACGCGCCGGAAAGGACCCACGUGAUUUGUGGGAUGCGUCAUCCUUUGUCCUGACUGCGCGCAUGCUGCUGGACGCCAUAGACCUGUCCCUAGGCUCUAUGCAAUGCUGCCGCAUGAUCAGACGGGUGAUGAUCCUUGUGGCCAUUGCAGGUGAGAUAGCGCUUGUUGGCUUAAGUCCUAAGAUGCUCGUACAUUCGGUUCGUCCAUUUCUCAACGAUGGCAUCUGUGCCAACGAUGCGAUUGGUCUUUUGCAGUUCAUCUUUGACAGUGGUCGAGAGUCCCUACGAACAGACUUACAGUUCACAACGGGUGCUAUAGUACUGGUAAUCCUGCAGAUGAGGAAGCAUUCGAAAGAGCGACAUGAGAGUACUACGCAGGAGAGUCAGCAUUCCGGUACUGUGCAAGUGAUGGCCCAAUUUCAGACAUGGCUCGUCCAAUACCUCGCUGAGCUUACAACAGAUGUGGGUGGCUCUGUUUACACGGCACUCACUCAAGCGCUGGGACAACUUCAGCUGCCUGGCAAUGCUGAUGCUCAGAGUGCGGAGAGCUCGUUAUUACUUUUCCUGCUCGAUCAAUGGACUGCCAACCAACCGCUCUGCCCGAGAGAGGACACUGUCGAAGCUCUACAGCUUCUUUCUGAAGAAUUCAUCGUGCCUAGCACGCCGUCAGACGACUGCUUAGGAGAUGACACGAGUGCCGUGCGAUACUCACAGCCCAUCUGGGAGGCCUUGCAGACGGUCAGUUUUGACGACGGCUUCACCACGUGGGCCGCUUGUGUACUUGGGCGAGCAUAUGCUGCCACAGGCCUGCGACCGAAUCCCAAUGGCCUCGGGAAAUUAUUAUCCACUGCAGCCAUUGCCGAUCCCGAUGACGCUUUGCUUGGAUCACAGUGCGCCAUAAUCAAUCGCGUUGCCAGAUUAGUUUUCUCUCGAGAUCGCACGCAGGCAGGUCUAGCGGAGUAUACGCUACGCAUGGUACAAGAGACCUUCAGUCGUUUCUCGGAGCCAGAUGGCGCACUCCAAUUCCAAAGCAUGAUGCCACCCGAACUUUACUCUGCUGUGUGUUCAGGGUCAUAUGGAUACCAGCCUACAUCGGCAGUCUUGCUUCGCGCACCAGGAAAUGUGAACGAAGACCGCACGUUCCAGCAGGUGUUUACUGUGUCAAACAGCGAACCACUUGAGACCUGGGCCAAAAGCUUGGCUGUAGCUUUGUCCUUGUGGGCGGACAAGGAUGCAAUAUUGUGUUCGCUUGCGCCGCUGUUCCAAAGCGUUCGUGGGCUGGCAGUCGAACUACUUCCUCCGCUGCUCCACGUGCUGCUUGCAAACGGCUACGACAAAGUCUCCUGCGCCCUUGCGGACGCCACUGACAAGCACAUGUCCGCUGAAGAUGCCACACUUGUACCAAAGCAACAGUUCUUCCUAAAAGUCCUUCUCUAUCUUCGAGGACAGCGAUAUCCUGGUGAAACUACGCGGGUCGACCGUCUCAAAUGGCUGAAUAUCGACUACAUGAAUGCCGCUCAAGCUGCAGCACGAUGCGGAAUGCCCACUGCGGGACUUUUAUUGGCAGAAUGUGCUAGCCCUCCACCCACGCAGGAAAGCCGCAGAACUUCCAAGCGUGCCUCUAUGGCUACAGAGUCCGUCCCGGCCCAGAUACCUUCCAACCUGCUGCUCUCAGUGUACAAGCAAAUAGAAGAGCCGGAUUCCUUUUAUGGCGUGCCACAGGAAGCAUCCCUAGGAUCUGUGCUGGAGCGACUGAAUCAUGAGGGCGAUGGGUUUCGGAGUAUGAUGUUCCGCUCCGCGCAACUCGACAGUCAAAUGCGUCGAACACAUCGUCUGGCUGAGCACGAUGCCGUGGGCAUGGUGCAAUCCUUAUCAAGCCUAAAUUUCAAUAGCUUGGCCUUUGCACUGAUGGCUCAGGGCCUUGGCAAUACCGCAGAAUGUAACGAACACAUGCUUAGGACGGCACGAAGCCUACAACAGUGGGAUAUUACGCCUUCUGAAGAAUGCAGCGAGUCAUCGGCGAGCUUUGGUCUGUUGCAAGAGCUCAGCAGAUCUAGCGAGGUGUCGCAAGUUCACGAGAAAUCAAGAGCUGCUAUCCUCGGAUUCGCAAAAGACAGCAUUACCAAUGGGCGGCACAACAUUCCCUCACAUGAAUGGUAUGCGAAUCUUGCGAUGCUGACCGAGAUCAUGGAAGUCGUCACCGCCGUCGAAGAUCGCGAUCUGUCGUCCCGCUGGAAUGUCUUCGAAAGUCGACACCAAUGGAUGCACAUGGCCAGAUAUGACGACGCGAAGCCUUUCCUCUCCUCCAGACAAACUUUGUUCAGUGUCUUGAGCCAGAACCUUCCUCUACAGAGGAGCAUGCAUGUCACGUUAAAGCAGUGUCGGACCCUUGAGGUUGAGGCGCUGCUAGCCUUCUCCCGGAUCUCGAGGGAGCACUCGAGAUUGCAAGAGGCAUUGACCGCUACGACUAAUAUGAACGACAUUGUUAUAGUCUGUAGCGCAGUAGGUCUCAAGAUCGACUGUGCGGUGAAGUUGGAGACAGCCUCGGUUCUGUGGGAUACCGGCGAAGCCAGCAUGUCAGUGAAAAUUCUCGUCGAGCUGGGCCAGAAAGAGAAUGAGCUUUCCAGACAAGACAUCCAUAUUGGGCGCGCGGGACUUCUUGCGCAGCUGGGUCAUGAGUCUGCUGCAGCGCGCUUGGAGAAACCGGAGCAAAUCCUGAGCCAGUACUUAAAGCCUGCUCUUCACGCUGCUGGCAAGAGCAGAGACAAGUCAGAGAUUGGCAAGGUAUACUAUGAGUUUGCAACGUUCUGUGACCAAGAGCUGCAGAAUCCAAGCACGAUCGAGAACCUUGCACGAGUCGCCAAGAUGCGUCAGGCCAAGGAAGAAGAGGUUGAAGCCUACAAACAAGCCUUACGCAAAAAGACGGAUCCCGAAGCCAGACACAUGAUGGCGAAGAACUUGAGAGAGGCCACAAACUGGUUGGAAAUUGACACUGCAGAGGACAAACGCUUGCGGAGGAGUCGCAGCGACUACGUCAACUUGAGCUUACAGAACUACUUGCAAGCUCUUCAGGCAUCGGAUGAGCAUGAUAUAUGUGUCUUGCGAUUCUUUGCGUUGUGGCUCGAGAAUACUGAUAGCGCUGACAAAGGCUCUGAUGCUGCAGUGAGCAAAUACCUGCCAAUGGUGCCCAGCUGGAAGUUCGUUCGCCUCAUGAACCAGCUGAUGUCACGUUUAGACAGCUCCGGGACAUCCUUUCAGGUAGCUCUGGCAGAUCUGCUGCAGCGUAUCUUCACUGAGCAUCCGUACCACAGCUUGCACCAUCUGUACGGGACUACACACGGGAAAGAGUCCAGAGAUCCGGCGACCGUAUCGCGCUACCAGGCUGCUAAGGUUCUGAUCAACAACCUCAUGAACGGUCCGAGUGCUACUCGUAUGCAGGAGGUUUUCAAGGCGGAUCAGCUGUAUAAGAUACUAGCGGACAACAAGCCAGAAAGGAUGCCAGCCCACAGCAAUAAGAUUCACGUCAACAAUUUCCGACAAGCUUACAAAGUCUAUCGCGACGUGCCUGUUCUGAAGGUACCACCUGCCACGAUCACAAUAUCGCUGAGGCCGGGGGGAGAAUAUCAGGAUGUGCCGCACGUGACAAAGUUUGAUUCUACAGUGUCCAUCAUGAAUGGACUGAGUGCUCCGAAGAUGAUGAAACUCUGGGCAUCUGACGGGAAGUGCUACAAGGAACUUUACAAGAGUGGUGACGAUGAUCUGCGACAAGAUGCGAUCAUGGAACAGGUUUUCGAGGAAGUCAGCAAAAUGCUUCGCAACCACAAGGCCACUCGACAAAGAGACUUGAAGCUGCGUACGUACAAAGUCAUUCCACUGUCGAGCGGGUCCGGCAUCAUUGAAUUUGUGCCCAACUCAAUACCGAUCAACGAAUUCCUGGUGUCCGCGCACGAGAAAUAUUAUCCAAAAGAUCUGCAUAAUAGAAAGGCGCGCGAGAUGACAAGCAAGGCGUGUAAUGGAGGGCACGGUACUACAGCAGAGCGUCUCGCUACGUACAAGAGCAUCUGCGAGAGACUACAUCCUGUGAUGCGUCACUUCUUUCUCGAGCGAUUCAAUGAUCCAGACGAAUGGUUCGCAAAGCGUACUGCAUACUCGCGGACAACAGCCAGCAUAUCAAUCAUGGGCCACAUUAUCGGAUUGGGUGACAGGCAUUGCAGCAACAUCCUGCUGGACGAGCAGACGGGCGAGAUCGUGCACAUCGAUCUCGGAGUGGCAUUCGAAGCGGGAAGAGUCUUACCCAUCCCAGAACUUGUACCGUUCAGGCUCACUCGCGACAUUGUCGAUGGUAUGGGGGCAACCGGGAUCGAAGGUGUAUUCCGACGUUGCUGCGAGUUCACUUUGGAUGCCGUGCGAGAGGACAAGGACAGUAUCAUGACACUUCUCAAUGUAUUGCGCUAUGAUCCGUUGCAUAAUUGGACGAUAUCGCCACUCCGAGCCAAACGAAUGCAAGAAGCGCAGUCAGAGAUGUCUCGGACGGGCAAUGGAGGAGCUGAGCAACAAUCGUCGCGGAGAAAGGAGCAAGAGGCAGGAGAAGCCGACCGAGCACUCUCGGUGGUGGAGAAGAAGCUGUCCAAGACUUUGAGCACAGCCGCAGCUGUGAACGAGUUGAUACAGCAGGCCACAGAUGAAACUCAUCUGGCGACUCUGUUUCAGGGCUGGGCAGCUUGGUUUUAAAGCGUGCGUGAACAGAAGGAAAAG